AUGGGCGCGUCGGAGAGUAAGCUCGCGUUCAAGGAGGACAUCUUCCGCCUAGCUGGCGAUGAGAAUAUACCUAUUGACAGUCAGUGGUGGUCGCGGUUCCUCCAGCUCCCCGAAACAGCCGAAGACGUCCAGAACCUCUGGUCCGCCAACGACCUCCGCAGUCUCACUCUCAACACUCCCGCCGACCGACCGCUGCACAGCCAGUCCAGCCCACGCAAGAAUGCCGAGACGCUCAUAUACCGCACCAUCGGCCGUCUGCACGCUCUGCAGACAAGACGAGUCUACGACGACCCCCACGCACCGAUAACAUUGGAAGUGCUCAACGGCGUCCGCGUCCUCACACGACUGCUGCCGUACAUCUACGAAGCCGACCAUCUGAACGACUGGGAAGCACAGUUCUUCUGGGCCCCACGGAAGCCGGCAGAGUACGUCAACCCCAAGAGCGGGCAGAAGAAGUACUUCGAUGGCCUGAAUGAGACGAAGACGGUGCCGGAGCAGCAGAAAGACGCUGUGCUUGGUCCGCCGCUUGGAGAGCAGUUGCUGGAUAUACUGAUCAACUACCUCUUCUUCCCGAACUUUACUCUGCCUCCGAGGAACGAUGAUAACGGUCUGCCGGAGCUGAAGCCGAAGUUUGUCGUGUGGCAGAGCGGAAUCGGUGCCAAUAAGGGCGUGGGGAUGAGCAAGGAGAAUGAGAGGAAUGCUAUGGAGGUGCUCCGGCUGCUGCUUGCGCUAAGUAGCCGGGCGAUGUAUCUCGCGCCGGGCAUUGUAGCAGAGAAAGACGUCAAGCCGCUCACUUACCUGACGACGCAGAGUGAUCGGCAGGUCAUCCUGAACACUCUCUGCUCGCUACUGAAUACGGUCCUGAAGUAUCAUCAGAACCCAUGGGGCUUCUCUAUCGACCUCAGCGCUGCGAACAAGGACUCGAAGCAGGCGCUGGUAACGUACAGCCUUCAGUUCUUGCUAGUGCUGAUCACGUAUCCGGUGCCCAACAAUGGAGCCAACGAGUUCCGCAAAGCACUUGGCCGGCUCCACCGUGCGGAAGACUUCCAGUUCAUCUGCGAAGGUCUGAGGCAGAUCUUGAUGCAGCCGACCUCAGGCAUAUUCCGGCCAGUCCAGCGUCUCACCAACCAGCCGGCAGCACCAAUAGCACCAGAGACGCUCUCUCUGUUCUGGGAGUUGCUGCAGUGCAACAAGCGCUUCCGCAGCUACCUUAUCGACACCGACCGUGCCAAAGACUUCGUCGUUCUCGUCCUCUACUACGCCGUCGAGGCCAAGGACGACCCUUCGAGGCAAGGUAUUGUGCGCAUGUGUGUCUUCAUCCUCCAGACGUUGAGCGUCGAGGAGAAGUUUGGCAAGAAGCUCAACACGCCUUUCACCUUUCAAGAGACGCUGCCGCCGGCGCUGCAGAUUCCUAAUUUCCAUGGCAGUUAUGCUGAUUUCUUGAUCGGGCACAUUCACACGCUCCUGACCGGGUCGAACCGAGGCCUCGAGUCCCUACACCCGGCCCUGCUGGCGAUCAUAAAUAACAUCGCGCCCUAUGUCCAGGACCUGCAGCGCGCUACUAGUUCCAUGCUCUUGAAUGCCUUCGUGUCCAUGUCGCAGCCCUCGUUCUUGUUGGCAAACGAGACGAACUACGUGCUGCUGUUCUCGUUGCUGGACGCGAUGAAUGCGCUACUUGAGCAUCAACAAGAAGAGAACCGGCGCUUUGUUGAUGCUGUCGUCCGGAGUCGAAAACGAUUUGAGGCAUUGCGAGACUUUACUGUCGACGGCGCAUUGGAGGAGCUCGAUCGGUCCACCAAGGAGCGCAAGGAUGCUGGCGAAUUUGCAGGUGUCAGAAGUCCAAUCCGCAACGCGUCUCUCGAUAGCGCUCGAGCAACGAGGUCGCCAGCACUCAGCAAUGUACCCGAAGAUAGCGCUUUUGCAAUCGGAGACGAUGAAGACGAGGACGACGAGGCGACCCCAAGCAUCUCAAGUCACGCAAGCGCAUCUGUUGCUGUGCCAAAUGACGCCCUGCCCCUACAGAGCCGCAGUAUGAGCGAAAAAGCACGGGGCAAGCAGCCAGCAGGACUCUCUUCCUUCUCUCGCUCCACUUCACAAAACACCAGCACCACCAGCUUACACGCAUUGAACACACACACAUCAAACACUACAUACAAUCAAUCAUUCUCUCCUACAGCAGAGUGGCGUGGCGGCCCCAGGCUCUCCACCUCCGACCCCUCCACCAACACCACCACCCCCGCCACCGCCACCACCGCCAAACACGCCGACCUAGUCGGCGCGCCACCGUCGUCCCCCAGCGAGGUCAAAGUGCAGACCUUCCGCUGGACCGCGCGCGCGCUGGGAUGGUACGCCAGCAUGCUCUGGGGCUGGGUCUACGCGGCGGACCCGGCGCGCGUGUGGGCGGGGACGGCGGUGCGGCUGUUCGCCGUGCGGGCGCAGCGGCGCGAGGUGAGUUUGAAAAGUCCCCGCGGGGCCGUCGACGCGGUCGGCGAUACGAUUGCGAGGAGGAUUGGGGGGUUGAGUUUGCCUGGGGGUGGAGGGGGUGGGGGUGGGGAGGGGGGUAGGCAGACAAUGAGAGAGGUCUGA